AUCCGCAACUGCGAAGACAUCUACCUCUCCCAAACCCAUGGCUACGCCCUCCUCUCCUGCGACCCGGGUCGAGAUUCCUGGAAUACCGUCAUGGGCACCUUCAUCAACGCCGAAGCGCCCGAACGGACGGGAAUUUACAUGUACAAGUACGGAGAAGAUGCUGAUCUGAUGCCUCAGAAACUUUCGAUUUUCCCGAUCCCGAAGAAUUUGUCGGAAUUUCAUCCUUUGGGGAUGGAUUUGCAUGAGCAGUCGAGGAGUUUGUUUGUCGUCAAUCAUGCGGGGAAUGGGAGUCGCAUUGAUAUGUUCAAGUUGAAUACCAAGGGCGCGUAUUUGACUUUUAUGGGGAGCAUCAUUGACGCGGAACACCUCCCGACGCCGAAUUCCAUUGCUGUGGUUGAUGAGCGUGAGUUUUUUGUUACGAAUGAUCAUUUUUGGACGGCGAGGAGGAAUCCUUGGUUGAGUAGGUUUGAGACUUAUGCCGGAUUGCCGGGGGGUACGGUGGCGUAUAUGAGGACUUCGGGGGAGAUUGAGAGGGAUGAGGGGGUUGCGAAGGGGGCGACGUUGGCGAAGGUGCCGUUUGCGAAUGGGGUGGUGCUGGUGAAUGAGACGGUGUUGGCGGUGAGUAGUUCGAGUAAUGCGGAGGUGCGGUUGUUUGAGAUUUUGAGGAGUUCUAAGAGGGCGGUGCCGAGGUUGGAGUUGAGGAGGACGGUGAAGUUGCCUUUUUUGCCGGAUAAUUUGAGUGUGGAUUCGAAGGGGAGACUUCUUGUUGCUGGACAUCCGCAUGCGCCGACGUUGGGGGAGGCGCAGUGGAAGAAUGGGGCUUGUGAGGUUAGCAAGUCUUUGAGCGAGACGGAUUAUUGUAAGUUUCCGAGGUUGAGUUGGAUUGCAGAAUGGAGUGAGGAGGGUGGUGUGAGGACUUUGUAUAAGGGGAGGGAGUUUGGGACGAGUACGACUGCUGUGAGGGAUUGGGAGAGAGGAGUGGGUUUCGCGGUGGGACUUUAUGAGAGGGGAAUGUUGGCUUGGAAGACGUGA